AUGCAUUACUCUCUCUAUCUUGUUUUCAUUGCUCUUAUUGGUUCACUCUAUGCUCAGAAUGCUGAACAGAACCAGUUGACUGGAGAUGAAUCAAGUGGUCUAGCGCGUUUACCAUCGAUUCUUAGCCGUCGUGCUCGUGGUGCUUCUUGUCCUCAUGGAAUGUGUUUAUCAAAAUGGGGUUACUGCGGUACUACAGAUGCGUAUUGUGGUAGAGAAUGUCAAGGCGGUCCAUGCAGAGGCGGUUCAGAACAUCAUGGUGGCUAUAGUGGUGGACGAAGUGGAGAUGCAACAUAUUUUCACCCCGGUCUUGGUGCUUGUGGUGGAUAUAAUCAUGGCAAUGAAUUUGUUGUUGCUAUGGCUGCUCCUGAUUUUGAUCCACACACUCCGAAUGGUAAUCCAAAUAACAAUAGACUUUGUGGUCGACAUAUUUCAGUGAAUGGACCUCGAGGCUCAGUGACUGUUCGAGUUGUUGAUCGUUGUCCGGCAUGCAGACCUGGUGAUUUGGAUUUGAGUCCAGCUGCUUUUGAUCGAAUCGCCGAUCGAAAUCAAGGACGAUGUCAAUUGAAAGAGGAACAGCAAGCUCAACAAAAAUACAACGAUCCACUUGGAGUUCAGCAUGAAGCGUAUCAGUUCGAAAAAGAUGAAGAGUCUCAAGACAGUUUUGUUAUUGAUGAUGGUGCCCUGCCACCGGAUAAACCAUGUUCUAUAACAAUUUCAUACGUCACUGAACUGGAACUCGUUAAAAAUAGAACUAAAAUUCGCUUUGUUGUUCCAACAACUCUUUGCAUCACGUUACAAUACAAACAAAGGAGCCGUGCUCUCGCCAAAGACUUUGCUAAUACAAUUGAUGGAUGUGAUGUUUGCAUCCCGCCUAAUACAAAAGUUGCCAUAGAUAUUUUGGAACACUUACGAAAGGCUCUUGGACCUUGCUUUACAGUUAUUCCCAAUGGAAUGAGUGGUCAGUUGGCACCCAAAGCACUGAUUUCUGAAUUGGAACAUUUAAAAUUAUCUUCAUCUGUCGAAAAAGAUUCUACAGAAGAAAUAAUAAAGAAAAACAUUGUCGACAUUUCACUUAAGCACAGCAUUCUCAGUCUAUAG